CUCUGUGAUGUUGUCUGCUUGUUUAAAGAAAUGUCAAAACUCAAUCUCUAAGAUGUCUUAUGUCUAGUGUUUUUGUUUGAAUAUUAUAACCGGUAGUGCCAUUUUUACUCGUCGUAACUAGUUUUUAUGAGAACUAAGAAUCAACUUGCUCCUUGCCAUUAAGAUAAAUAUAAGAGUACGUUAUUGUGAGGACUAAUUUUAAUUGUAUGAUUAAUAUGAAAUAUUAAAUGUCAAAAUUUUAUUUCAUGAUAAGCUUCUUUAUCUAAUAAUAGUACAGUCAAUCGUUUAGUUUCCUGUUUUGGUAAUAGGCUAUACAAAGAUUCCAUAGACUUCGUAAAUUACUUUUUAAAAACCAAGUAAGCUCACUAAAUUUUAGAAAAGGUAGUCUUCAAAGAAUAAAACAUUUGUAAUGGAAUCUCCAGAUGAUAAAUCAUCCAGCAUGGAAGAAGAACAUGCAGAACAUCACCAUAAAGUAAUCAAGCAUGUAGAUAGGCUUAAAAAGGAGGAUGAUGAGGACCAAUGGAUCUCCGGAGAAGAGCUGUAUACGGAUGGUAGCAGUGACGAAGAGGGUAAGAAGGGCGGUGUCCGGCGUAAACACAAGAGGGAGCACAAAGGUGCGCGUCCAAAGGAGAAGAUUACUUGUAAAACUUCAGAGACCGUUCCAAAACCUGCACUAGUAGUCCCUGAGCACAUAGAAAGUGAUAACGAAGAGCCCAUUGAUAUCUCCUGGAAACCAAAGAGGGGAAGUAUCAAACUCCCACACAUGACGAAAGACUUGGAAAUGACACCCUCUACAACAAGCACCAGUGCUGAGCCCAUCGCUGAGUAACCUUCAAGGUAACGUAAUCAACAGCUACAGUAAAAUCUAAAAUACAAAACCAUAUUUUUUAUGAAAAUCAUCCUAAGAUCAAUCUACAUGUUUUUCGCCUUAAACAGAUAUUAUGUAAUGAUGUACAUGUUAAGUAAUAUUUGUUGAAACAAUAAUUUAAACCUGUAAUAGUGCUUUUAGAGUUUUAUAGCAUUGUAUAGUAUGAUUAUACUUACAGAAGAGAUUUCGUUGUGCAAUAUAUUUUGUAGGUAAAUUGUUAAUUAUAGUAAGAAAAUAACUAUAUUAAGUGACAAUACAGUCGCUAAAAGCAUUUAUAAUUUAUUGCUAAUAUUUAUAUAGACGUAGAACAGUAUAUGUACUACUAGGUGAUAGUUAUAAAACAAUUAAACUUAGCACAAAGCUUUAGCAACUCGAUUAAAGUCAAUUACUAAGAUUAAUAUUUUUCACAUAAUAACAAAAGCGUUGGUUUUCCUACGGUUUUCAAUAAAAUACCAGCGAAAUGAGUUCUUAUGAAAUGUAAACUUAUCUUGAUAAUUGAUUUUGGUUAAGGUUUUCAUAAAGUUACUAGAAAAGUGUUCUCUGAUUCUAAACGGAACUCUAAAAAACAGUGUUAUGUUGUAAAAUAAUUUCUACAUCCAAAAGUAAAAUUGUAUUUUCUGUAGUCUGCACAUUAAAAGGAGCAAAGUUAAAUUUAUGCUUUUAGAAGGAUAACAUAUAAACUGAUACACCUCACUAAGUAGGAUAAUUUCAAAAAGAGCAUUUUGUAUCUGUAAACAUAUUAGUUACUGGUUUUGCGCAAAAUGCUAAGUAGUGUUUGUUAUAUUAACUGGAACUUCUUGGUCUUUAAUCAGAAGUUUUAUGUAUUUGACCAACAUACUCAUGUUCCUUAACGUUGUUGUCAGCCAUUGUCUAUAAAAAGUAAUGUCUUCCUCAACAUGUUGAGUUUAAAUUCAACAAACCAUAAAAAAUUGAAAUACACAUUUCCCAUCACACUCCUUUGAAAGUAGUUGCUUUUGGUACUCAUAUUGUGUAAUGAACUGGCAUUUUUCCACUCUAGACCAGGCCAGUUCUGGCGACAGUCUGAUACAUGUAUAAUACAUGUAAUUAGAUAAGCAUUUCAGAUCAGCUGUUCUUAUUGAUUGAUUUAGCAGCAUAAACAUAAUUAUGCUGCUAAUUUAACAGUUUUAACCCACUCGUUGUCAUUAUUUUAUAGGAGAAAUAUUACUGUGUGUUUUUAUUUACUACAUUGUGUUGAUACAUUAUACUAGUUUUAUUAAUUAUUUCUUGCAGUGUAAUGAAAAGUAUCAUUCAUGACUAGUAUCUAAGUGUUUUUCUGGUCCUUGAUCGAAUUUCUGGGAUUAGCUUACGCAUCGCUUAAAACCAUUAUGCCCCAGAAAAACCACUUUCGAUGAUAGUUAUGAAACAUACUAUUUGUUAACUUAGGUAUAUACUCUUGAUAAUGCAAAAUCCUUAUUAACACAAAUGUAAUUUUCCAUUCCUCUAAAAACACUUUGACAAAUCGUAAUAAGUAGAAAUAUAGCACAACAUAUUUCAAUAUAAGAUUUUACAAUUUGAGUUAAAAAAAUGCUCCUUACAAUGCGUAUCACAAUUGUAAGCUGAAAUGUGUUUAGUUUUACCUUCAUUAAUAAAAUUUUAUCUUCGCAAAUCAAAGUUUUGCCAUCAAAAUGCAUGUUACAAUUAUAUUAUUAGGGUUAAAAUGAAUAAUUUUAACUGUUGGAUAGUAGUUCAAUUUUUAUUGAUUGAACAUUUUUUUUAAGUUUCUUUUUUUUAAAGCUUAUUAUUAACAGUGGAUGGUUUUUGGACAUUUACUGUUAUAUAAAACUGGGACACUGUUUCAAUAACUAUAACAUGUAUAAGAUAUGUGUUAACAAUAACAUGUAUGCCAGAAUUGUAACAUUUAGUUUUAUGUGUUAUGGCAAAUAUCUGUAAUCCUGUUAUUCUCCUGGAACUGAUUAAGUUAAUGUGUACAUUAAUCAAAGAUCUUGGAUAUAUGUUUACAAUAAAAAAGAAUCCCUUUAUAUUAUGUAAAAAUUUUAAACAUUGCCUGUUAAAUUCUAAUGAAUUGAUUUAAUGAUUGAUAUUUUUAUUUCCAUUCAUUUAAGCAGUUAUUGUAGGUUUCAUCCUCUUAUUACGUUUGAUCUUUGAAUGAUUAUAAAUAAAGUAGAUAUAGUGCUUAGAGAAAUCCUUUUCAGGCUUAAUAUUAGGUUUACUGUCUUUUUUUCAUUGUGGGGGGGGGGGGGGGGAGAAAGAGAUGAGACGAUCAGUUUUAUAUUUUGAAUUUAUACAAUCAUUCAUUAGUAUUUCUAGUAUUAUAAAGCUUUAUAAGAAGUAAUAUUAAAAUGAUUUUUUUACAAAUUAAGAAUAGUUAUCAUUAUUAAACUAACAAUUAUUGGUUGUUUAAUACAUUUCUAUGUUAAUUCAUUAAUUUUUUUCUGUAACCUAUUGAAGUAAUUGACUAUUUAUGUAACUCAUUUGUGUAUAUUUGAGAAUAUUCAUCACCUCUAGCCAUGAAUAGUAAAGAAAAAUCUUCUAUUAUUUGGAUUAUACACAUUGAAAGAGAAAGAUUAAAGAUAAGUUUUAUUCAUUACGUUAUAAGAAUAGACGUAAAAGUAUUUUUGCAUUAUGCUUCUUUUGUGACGUUUUUUUAAAGUUAUAGACUAUAUAAAGUGAAAAUGGUUCCCUUUGAUAUUAUUAGUGCACAAUCAAGAGGUUGUUGAGGUCAUCUCUAUUGGCACCUGGUAUAAAAUAUAAUAUUGUAUGUUGUACCGUAGGUUUACUGUGAGCAUGAUAAAGGCUUUUGUGAGUUUAGGCCUGUUAAGAGUGUUUAAAAUGUCUGAUAUUGCUACUGAUAUUUGGAUGAUAACGAAUAGUAAAGAGAAAUUUAGGGAAUAGGAGGCCAGGCUAAUACAAUGAUAUUUUUUCUUUCUCUUUUUUUGAAAUGAGAGAUUGAUUCCCUUGACAUGAUUAAUUUAUUAAACAUUUUUUUUAUCAUAUUCCAGAUUUUGAGGGGUUAUUUUCACAAAGAAGGAUACUGAACAUUUUAAAUUGCAGUCUUGCUUUAUAAUAUAUAUAUAUAUAUAUAUUAAUAUGACAGGAGACAAAAACGUAAGCAUUCCAUUUAAAUAGAUAUUCGAAUUUGGAUUUAAAUAUUAGAUAUUGGGAAAGAUUACAAGUGAAAAAAUACUUUGCGUUACAACCAAUCUUGCGGUAACUGUAAUGUACAGGACAAAACUCCAGUAAGGUUUGUUACUUCCUAAAUAUUUGUAAAACUUUGAUUUUAAAUUGUUGGGUGUUAAAAUUUCUUAAUAAAUAUUUGUUCUGUUUUUUAAUGUUAAAAGUGUUAGCAACGUUGAUAAGUUUGUCUUUUUCCAAUAUUAAAGAUAUAGGCCCUGGGAGUAAGAGUAAGAGUAAGUAAAGAUAUAGGAUUUAUGAAAAGAAAUAGGGUUAUGUUUGCUAGUAAUGUUGACCAACAUUUCUCAUUCUAAGUUACAGUAGAAAAUGUGAAUAAAGAUAUAUUAAUAAAGGUACUCAAUGUAGUAACAAAGAAUAAACUGAUACAAUGGAGUAUCGAAUGAUGCAACAGAAUGUAACAAAAAUUCAAAGGGCAACUUUCUGUCCUCUGAUUUUUUAACCCUAAAAUCAAUUGAGUUUUUCCAUGAACGAAGAGGAAGCCAUACUCAGCAGGGAUCACUUCUGGCUGGUUUAUACCUUCCAGUUGAACCUACCACUGGGCACAGCAAAAACUGAUGUGUUACUUAAAUCUUGGCAACCUUAUGUAUGUCCAAAGCGGCACAUCACUAAACGCAAAUGCAGAGAUUCUGGGGUGCAAGGGCAGUUCAGUAGGUCUAGUCUACUGCGGGAGAUGACUGCUGGAGUUUGGUGGAGUUCGUUCCCAACUAUCAGAGGUUCUUGCUAGCCUCAACAAGGGUGUGCCACCCCUGCCUGCUUUGACUGGAGAGGCUGGUUCAGAGCUGGCCUCCCCUUCUUCCGGGGGGACAUGACUUUGAGAUUAGCGCCCUAAUUCUUCCUCAUGGAUAGGAUGCGGCCCCUAUCCCCUAACCUUAGCCAUCCUGAAUAUCCUCUCACUCCGGAAGCAGUGCUAAGGUUCUUAUAGGACUAAGUGCAAUUUAUAAGCUUCUUGUUCUAAGAGAGAAAAAAAAAAGGAAGCCAUGUACCAAGUUUUGAGUCACCAGGAUGUUUCUAUCAAGAGUUAUCCCAUAGAUGGACAGAUAACACGAUUUUGAGAAUGACAUGUCGGGUUCUUAAUAAUACUAACAUAAUUGAAAAGUUGCACUUUGUUUUGGAAUUUGUUGUUUUUAAAAAUCUUUUUUAAUCCUUACCUUCUAGCAGGCCAGCUUUCGAAUGCACUGAUUACUUUAUAUAACACAAAAAUUUAUGAACCUUCGCACAAGAAAAUCUGUGAGUUACCGGUUAAAAAGCUACUACUGUAGUCAUUAUGCUGUGGAGGAGGUGUAAUCUACUGAUUUUGAAGCAGUUGUUGACUGAAUUGAAUGCGACAACUGUUUAAGGUAAACGUUAUUUUCAACAGACUUGCCAUCAAUUUCUUUGCUUGCAUAUGCAUACUCACAAGUCUAUCAUGUCAAAACACUCAAGGGCUUUAUGUUCCAGCCAACAACUGUUAAAGUAAGGGAAUAACUUAGCAGUGUGCAUCUCCAAUAGACACAAAUACUGCUGUCAAUCAUAGUUUUUUGUCCUUUUGUCAAAGGACUUUGAACAUGGCAACAAUACAAUUAUUCCAGCUGACAAUAGAGCUGUCCUCAACACUAAUUAACUAUCAAAUGUACUGUAUUAAUGUUAGUGUAGUGAUUUUAUAAUUUUUAUACACUAAUCUAUUUUCCAAUCUUACAUUACAAUGUUGUGCAUUUAAUUAUUAGGUCACAUUUAUUGUGCUGACAUAGUUUAUUGUUAUAACAUGCUAGGUGCUUUAAUGUUGUAUAGUUUAAGUUUAUUUGUUAAAAGUGUGUAGUAUCUGUAAAAUGUUUCUUGUUGGCUUUCUUAAUUGUGUUUUUAUGUAAUGCUUGUUUGUAACCUUAAAAUUUAAUUGCUGUCUGAUUGGUGUGAUUAGUCAAGAUAUAAAAUAGAGUUCCAGGCAGACCAAAUUAAUCCGAAUAUUUGUUUGCUCAAAACAUUCUGAUCAGUAAAAUGUUCGGAUAACUGAGAAAUAAAACAUAAGAAAUGUCCACAGGCUUACAGGCUGUGGCUUAAAAAUCUAAAAAUACUGUCGGAUUGUGGUAGUGGUUCGCAGUAGCACGGUAUUCGGAUUACUGUGACUUCGGAUUAAUGUGGCCUGCCUGUAGAAGUGUCACUUCAUUAGAGAUCGGUAAACUCUGUAAAAUUUCAAAUAUUGGAUGGACCUGAGUUUAAAAUAUUAUUGAAUAGUUAAUCAUUUGGAGUGUUUUAAACAUUUUUUAUAAAUUCCACCCAACAUAAUUUUUUCAAAAUGAUAAUAAUGAUGCAACAACUUUUUGGAAUUCAACGGUAUCAGAGCUUUUAAGAUUUCAGUACAUAGAUUUUCACUAUGUGAACCCUUUGGUUCGGUUGAAUAGUUCUGUAAUAUCUGUUUAACUUCUAUUGUAGUUUUUUUUAGAUUAAAAGUUUAACUCAGAUUUUUACAAUUA